GCAGCAGUGUUUCUCUGUCAGCCAUAAAUAUUCAUCAUAUAUACACACAUAUACAUUUACCAGUUAUAUUUUUUGCUUUUUGGAUAUUUGAUACAUCAACGUACAUGUACCCCUUAAAAUCGCUUGCUAUAAUGCGUGGAUGGUCAGUGUUGUACACAGUGAGGCCAUCACGCAUACAACUAUCGCAUCUAUAAUUUUUAUAUCAAAAGUGCUUUAACACACAUUCAAAGGCGGUCAUGAGAAAUUUCGAUUCACGGAAUGUUCUGUGCCCCAGUCGUGUAGCCGCGAUUCUCGCUGCGAUCCUGUUUCCUAUUAGUUCGAAAGGACGGUCCAUUGCCGUCCCAUCAAUAAGCUCGAGGGGCCCGAGCCUUAGAAAAACCGCACAGAGUGCGGAUCUACUUAGUGGCCCAUUACUAUUACAUCAUUGUUAGCAGAAAACGAAAAAUAUAUUAAAGGCCUUAGAAUAACUGAGGCUCUCAUCGCUGGCUGUUAUAGACAAUGUCCGACGACUCCAGUUCGUUACUCGAGGAAGAACGUAGCUUGUUCCGUCCCUUCACCCGCGAAUCACUAUUGGCAAUUGAAGCUCGCAUUGCUGAGGAAUUAGAAAAACAGAAAGAAUUAGAAAAGAGGAGAGCUGAGGGAGAGAUACGAUACGAUGAUGAAGAUGAAGAUGAAGGCCCUCAACCAGAUCCCACACUCGAGCAGGGUGUACCAAUCCCUGUUCGAAUGCAGGGUAAUUUCCCAGCAGAACUUGCCGCCACGCCUCUCGAGGAUAUUGACUCAUUUUAUUCAAACCAAAGAACCUUCGUAGUUGUAAGCAAAGGCAAAGAUAUUUUUCGUUUUUCUGCAACAAACGCAUUAUGGUUGCUUGAUCCGUUCAAUCCAAUUCGUCGCGUAGCUAUUUAUAUUCUAGUUCAUCCACUAUUUUCGUUAUUCAUCAUUACGACUAUCCUCACAAAUUGUAUAUUAAUGAUAAUGCCGUCAUCGCCCUUAAUAGAAUCAACAGAGGUGAUAUUCACCGGAAUCUACACAUUUGAAUCAGGUGUUAAAGUAAUGGCACGAGGUUUCAUUUUACAACCGUUUACUUAUCUUAGGGAUGCAUGGAAUUGGUUGGACUUCAUAGUUAUAACAUUAGCUUAUGUAACUAUGGGUAUUGAUUUGGGUAACUUGGCUGCAUUAAGAACAUUCAGGGUACUUCGUGCGCUCAAAACUGUGGCCAUUGUUCCAGGUCUAAAAACCAUUGUCGGUGCUGUCAUUGAGUCUGUGAAGAAUCUGCGUGAUGUAAUCAUUUUGACCAUGUUUUCACUGUCAGUAUUUGCACUUAUGGGCUUACAAAUCUACAUGGGUGUAUUAACGCAAAAGUGCGUAAGGAGAUGGGAUGGUUCAUAUGGAAAUUUUACACAUGAACUAUGGAAAUCGUUUUGUGAAAACCAGUCAAAUUGGUAUUAUGGUCCCGCUGAGCCACUCGAUCCACCUGUUUGUGGCAAUUCAUCUGGUGCUGGACAAUGUGAGGAAGAUUACAUUUGUUUGCAAGGCUUUGGCCCAAAUCCUAAUUACGGUUACACAAGUUUCGAUACAUUCGCAUGGGCCUUCUUAUCAGCUUUUCGUCUUAUGACACAGGAUUUCUGGGAGAAUUUAUAUCAAUUGGUGUUACGCUCAGCUGGACCGUGGCACAUGCUCUUCUUCAUUGUGAUUAUCUUCUUGGGUUCGUUUUACCUUGUAAAUUUGAUCUUGGCUAUUGUUGCCAUGUCGUACGACGAACUCCAGAAGAAGGCCGAGGAGGAAGAGGCCGCCGAGGAAGAAGCUCUUAGGGAAGCUGAAGAAGCCGCGGCAGCUCGACAAGCCAAAAUCGAAGCUCACGCGGCGGCAGCAGCUGCUGCAGCCCAAGCGGCGAUGGAACCUGAACAAAUAGCCAAAAGUCCAUCAGACUUUUCAUGUCACUCAUAUGAAUUGUUUGUGGGUCAAGAGAAAGGCAAUGAUGACAACAACAAGGAGAAAAUGUCAAUUAGAAGCGAAGGAUUGGAGUCGGUGAGCGAAAUCACAAGAACAACAGCACCAACAGCUCUUGCUUCAGCUAAAGCACGAAAAGUUAGCACGGCUUCACUUUCACUCCCUGGAUCACCGUUCAAUCCUCGCCGUGGCUCGAGAGGUUCUCACCAAUUCACCCUAAGAAAUCGUGGACGAUUAAUAGGCGUCCCCUCAGGCGGAAACGAUAGAAAGCCAUUAGUACUACAAACAUAUUUAGAUGCACAAGAACAUCUUCCGUAUGCAGAUGAUUCAAAUGCUGUUACACCAAUGUCUGAAGAGAAUGGUGCAAUCAUUGUUCCCGUGUAUUAUGCAAAUUUGGGAUCAAGACACUCGUCAUAUACAUCACAUCAAUCGCGAAUAUCUUAUACAUCUCAUGGUGAUUUAUUAGGUGGAAUGACGAAAGAAAGUAGAUUACGAGGUCGGUCUAGAAAUCAUGCCAUCAUACAACAACAGCCAACAUCUGCUUCAGCUUAUAUGGAUUCUAAUCAUAAGGGACAUCGGGAAUAUUCGCUACAAGAAAUGUCUCAAGACUGUACGGAUGAAGCAGGCAAAAUUAAAAGUAGUAAUCCAUUUAUUGAAGAACCAGCUCAAUCAAAUACCGUUGUUGAUAUGAAAGAUGUGAUGGUAUUAAAUGAUAUCAUAGAGCAAGCAGCUGGUAGACACAGUAGAGCUAGUGAACACGGAGUGUCUGUCUACUAUUUUCCCACAGAAGAAGAGGACGAUGAAGAUGGACCGACAUUUAAAGAGAAAAUGAUUGAAGCAGGUCUAAAAAGCAUUGACAUCUUUUGUAUAUGGGAUUGCUGUUCAUGUUGGCUCAAAUUCCAAGAAAUGGUCGCAUGGCUUGUAUUUGACCCAUUUGUAGAGCUGUUUAUCACACUUUGUAUUGUUAUCAAUACAUUAUUUAUGGCACUUGAUCACCAUAACAUGGAUAAGGGUAUUGAAAAAAUCUUAAAGACUGGCAACUAUUUUUUCACUGCAACCUUCGGUAUUGAAGCAACGUUAAAACUCGUCGCAAUGAGUCCAAAAUUUUAUUUCCAAGAAGGCUGGAACAUUUUUGAUUUCAUUAUUGUAGCGUUAUCAUUACUUGAAUUAGGCUUAGAAGGCGUACAAGGUUUAUCUGUAUUACGUUCAUUUAGAUUGCUGCGUGUGUUCAAGUUAGCUAAAUCAUGGCCAACAUUAAAUCUGUUAAUUUCAAUUAUGGGUCGAACGAUGGGUGCAUUAGGUAAUCUAACGUUCGUCUUGUGUAUUAUCAUCUUCAUAUUUGCUGUAAUGGGAAUGCAACUGUUUGGCAAAAAUUAUCACGAUAAUGUGCACAAAUUUAAAGACGGAAUGCCGAGGUGGAAUUUUACGGAUUUCAUGCAUUCAUUUAUGAUAGUAUUUCGAGUACUUUGUGGAGAAUGGAUCGAGAGUAUGUGGGACUGCAUGUAUGUUGGCGACGUGUCUUGCAUACCAUUCUUUUUAGCAACAGUAGUUAUAGGCAACUUAGUCGUUCUCAAUCUUUUCUUAGCCUUGCUUUUGUCCAAUUUCGGUUCAUCGAGCUUAUCAGCACCUACGGCCGAUAGUGAAACAAAUAAAAUAGCCGAAGCGUUCAAUAGAAUAUCGAGAUUUAAGAGAUGGGUUAAAGAGAGUAUAGUAUAUUGUUUGAAAGGGGUUAAAAAUAAGAUAACAAAUCAGAUAUCAGUGCAGCCAUCAGCUAUAGCGAAAAGGAUUUGUCCUUGUAUAUCCUCAGAACAUGGUGGUGAUAAUGAUCUCGAGAUCAGUGGUGAUGAAAUACUAGCUGAUGGACUGAUAAAGAAAGGAAAGGAAAAUCAAUUAGAAGUUGCAAUUGGUGAUGGAAUGGAAUUUACGAUACAUGGAGAUUUAAAAAAUAAGUCAAAGAAAAAUAAACUUAUGAAUAAUACAAAAAUGAUAGGAAAUUCAAUCACACACCAAGAUAAUAGAUUAGAUGAGCUAAAUCAUAGAGGCAUGUCCUUGCAGGACGAUGACACUGCCAGUAUUAAAUCGUAUGGAAGUCAUAAAAAUCGCCCGUUUAAAGAUGAAAGCCAUAAAGGAAGUGCUGAGACGAUAGAUGGUGAAGAGAAACGUGAUGUUAGUAAGGAGGACUUAGGUAUAGAUGAAGACGAAGAGUGUGAAGAAGAAGAGGAAGAAGCACCGCAUCGCGGUAUCAUUCAUGCCGAAGAAGAAGAUGUAAUUGAAGAAUCGCCAGCUGAUUGCUUCCCCGAACACGUUUAUCAACGUUUUCCAUUUUUGGCUGGUGAUGAUGAUGCACCCUUCUGGCAAGGAUGGGCCAAUUUGCGCUUGAAAACCUUCCAAUUGAUUGAGAAUAAGUACUUUGAAACAGCUGUAAUUACGAUGAUCUUGCUCAGUAGUUUAGCUUUGGCUUUAGAAGAUGUUCAUCUUCCGGAUAGACCAAUAUUACAAGAUAUAUUAUAUUACAUGGAUCGAAUAUUCACCGUGAUAUUUUUCAUAGAAAUGUUAAUUAAAUGGUUAGCUUUAGGUUUUCAAGUGUAUUUCACAAACGCUUGGUGUUGGCUUGAUUUCGUUAUCGUCAUGGUAUCUCUCAUCAACUUCAUUGCUUCACUAUGUGGAGCUGGUGGUAUUCAAGCUUUCAAAACAAUGCGUACACUUAGGGCACUUAGACCUCUACGUGCCAUGUCCCGUAUGCAGGGAAUGAGGGUUGUCGUAAAUGCAUUGGUACAAGCAAUACCGUCCAUCUUCAAUGUGCUUUUAGUUUGUUUGAUAUUUUGGCUUAUAUUUGCAAUCAUGGGCGUACAAUUAUUUGCCGGUAAAUACUUUAAGUGCGUCGAUGGCAACGGAACAACAUUGAGUCAAGAAAUUAUACCCGAUCGUAAUGUAUGUAGUGCGGAAAAUUACACUUGGGAAAAUUCUCCGAUGAAUUUUGAUCACGUUGGAAAAGCGUAUUUGUGCCUGUUUCAAGUAGCAACAUUUAAAGGUUGGAUACAAAUUAUGAAUGAUGCUAUCGAUUCAAUAGAUGUCGAUAUACAACCACUUCGAGAAACAAAUAUCUACAUGUAUCUCUACUUUGUGUUCUUCAUCAUCUUCGGUUCAUUCUUCACACUAAAUCUCUUCAUUGGUGUCAUUAUUGACAAUUUUAAUGAACAGAAGAAGAAAGCUGGUGGAUCACUUGAGAUGUUUAUGACUGAGGAUCAAAAGAAAUAUUACAAUGCGAUGAAGAAAAUGGGUUCAAAAAAACCAAUGAAAGCCAUUCCUAGACCAAGAUGGCGUCCACAAGCAAUAGUUUUUGAAUUAGUUACAAAUAAGAAAUUCGACAUGAUCAUUAUGUUAUUCAUUGGUCUGAAUAUGUUAACAAUGACACUUGAUCACUACCAACAGAGCGAAAUCUUCACACUCAUUCUAGAUUAUUUGAACAUGAUAUUCAUCGCCAUAUUUAGUACCGAGUGUUUGAUGAAAAUUUUCGCACUUAGAUAUCAUUAUUUCGUUGAACCAUGGAAUUUGUUUGAUGUUGUCGUUGUAGUACUUUCCAUAUUAAGUUUGGUAUUGAGUGAUUUAAUUGAAAAAUAUUUUGUAUCGCCAACAUUAUUGCGUGUCGUCCGAGUCGCCAAAGUAGGUCGUGUAUUGCGUCUCGUCAAAGGAGCAAAAGGAAUUCGAACAUUAUUAUUCGCAUUGGCCAUGUCAUUGCCAGCCUUGUUCAAUAUCUGUCUACUACUCUUUUUAGUCAUGUUUAUCUUUGCCAUAUUCGGUAUGUCCUUCUUCAUGCACGUCAAGAAAAAGAGUGGCAUCGAUGAUGUUUACAAUUUUGAAACGUUCGGACAGAGUAUGAUUUUGCUGUUUCAAAUGUCAACAUCAGCUGGAUGGGAUGGUGUACUGGAUGGUAUUAUAAAUGAGGAAGAAUGCGACCUACCGAACCCGGAAAUAGGCUUUCCUGGCAAUUGUGGUUCGGCAACAGUUGGCAUUACAUUUAUGUUGACAUAUCUUGUUAUUAGCUUCUUAAUUGUAAUCAACAUGUACAUCGCUGUGAUUUUGGAGAAUUAUUCGCAGGCGACAGAAGAUGUACAAGAGGGUCUGACGGAUGAUGAUUAUGAUAUGUAUUAUGAAAUAUGGCAGCAAUUUGAUCCCGAUGGUACACAAUAUAUUCGCUAUGAUCAAUUAUCAGAGUUCUUAGAUGUACUCGAGCCACCGUUACAAAUACAUAAACCAAAUAAAUAUAAAAUAAUAUCAAUGGACAUACCGAUAUGUCGUGGCGAUAUGAUGUUUUGUGUCGAUAUAUUGGAUGCUUUAACAAAAGACUUCUUUGCACGUAAAGGCAAUCCGAUUGAGGAGACGGGCGAUAUUGAAGGCAUUAAUCAGCGUCCAGAUGAAAUCGGCUAUGAACCCGUAUCCUCAACAUUAUGGCGUCAACGUGAAGAGUACUGCGCUCGACUAAUACAACAUGCUUGGCGCAAGCACAAACAGCACAAAGAUGAUGGACAUGAUGGUACGGGUGAUGAGAAUGAGACGGGUGAUGAGCAUGAAGGUGGCGCAAGUGGAGCUGGCUUAGGUAGUUCACAUUCACAUAAUGAGAUAAUGGGGGGUGAGGGUUUAGGUAGACGUUCUUUAACAAAUAAUUCAAUUAAUGAUAAACUUAAUAAUCAAUCAAAUAAUAAUAAUAAUGCAGUUAGUGAUAAUGGUAAAACCUCACCGAAAGAUACCAUAGGUAGCAGUGAGAAAUUAGGCCGACAAACGGCAGUGUUAGUUGAGAGUGAUGGCUUUGUCACAAAGAAUGGACAUCGUGUGGUGAUUCAUUCACGUUCACCAAGCAUUACAUCGCGAUCGGCCGAUGUUUGAGGCAUGCCUCGCCCCCCUCUCUCUAUUGAAGUUUUAGAUGAAAUUAAUCAAUCUCUAAAAUCAACAUCUCAACAAAAAUCUAAUCUAAAAAAAUUAAAAUGAAAUGAUAUGUGAUGAUAGAAACGCACGGCAGAAAUAAAUUUUUAUAACAAACCAAAAAAAAACAUAGACAUUUACAACUAUAAUAUGAAACUUAUAAUAACUUUAAUAAUAAUUCUCUAAAACAAAUCAAUCUGCAAAGUUUUAUGAUUCGCGCAAAUUUUCUCUUUCGUUUACUUUUUUCCAUUCAUUUAAUUUUCUGAUUUAUUUCAAUUUCUUUAUUUGAUUUUGUUCAUUUCUUAUAUUUAUUAGUUCAUUUUAUAAGUUUCAUUUCACUUAGUUAUCUUAAGCGCAUAAUUUUGUUUAAGAAGACAAAACAAAUAUCAAUUGAAAUUGAUAACUCGCUAGCUGCAAGCCGCAAGCCUCUAAAAUCGACUCUAUACUAUCAUUGUUAAUUUUUUUUAAAAAUCAAUCGUGA